GCUCAGUAAGACAAAACAUCCUGUUUGGACAGCCGAUGGACAAACCGCGUUAUAACACGGUAGUAAGGAAAUGUGCCUUAGAGCGGGACUUCCAGCUGCUGCCUCACGGGGACAAAACCGUUGUAGGCGAUAGAGGCAUUUCGCUGAGCGGCGGCCAAAGAGCCAGAAUAAACCUUGCCAGAGCUGUAUACAAAAAAGCCGACAUCUAUCUGCUGGAUGAUCCCCUAUCUGCUGUGGACACUCACGUAGGGAAGGCCUUGUUUGAUCAGUGCAUCACCAGGUUCCUGCGCGAUAAAACUGUAGUUUUAGUUACGCACCAGUUGCAGUAUCUGAAGGAUGUAGAUCACAUAGUCUUGUUGGACGAUGGCUUCCUCAAAGCGGAGGGCACCUACAAGGAGCUGCGGAGCAGCGGUUUGGACUUCACUAAUUUGCUCUCGGAGAGAAGCGCUGAAGACGACGCGAGGAAAAACGAGUUCGAAAGACAGCCAUCGCAGGCCAAAGAGCGCACAUUGUCGAUACACAGCUCAUCUUCCGUGGAAGACACGCCCCAAUUGGUGGAGGAGCACAGAAGCUCCGGAUCUGUGGGCUUCAAGGUCUAUUCCGCCUACUUCAAGGCUGGAGGCAACGCCUGCACCAUUUGCUUGACGCUGUUCCUUUUCCUAGUCGCCCAGUUCAUCGGCAGUCUAACAGACUACUUCAUCACUUUCUGGGUAUACAUUGAGCAGCAGCACUUCCUGAAAGAUCACCGCUCAUCUAACAACACUGUUGGCGCAACACCAGCAGGAAAUUCAAGCCUGCACAGCUCAAGCCCCCACCUGGACAUUUGGCACUUUUCCCGGGAAACCUGCAUGUACAUCUACAGCACGUUGAUGGUGCUGCUGAUCAUUUUUACGAUGGUUCGCGUCUUCGUGUUCUUCAGCGUUUGCAUGCGCGCCUCCACCAACUUGCACAACAACAUGUUCCAGAACAUUACGAGGGCGGCGAUGAGCUUCUUCAAUACCAACAGCGCCGGCAGGAUUUUGAACCGAUUUUCCAAGGUAGAUGGAGGUUCACAUUUAGGAAUGUUUUCCCGGCUUUGGAGCCGUGGUCUAUGGGAAUUUAUAGACAAUACAAUGUACAACUUAGGGGUAAUGGAGGGGUUUUCUUUCGCAGAAACAUUCGGGGGAAAUGUGGGUUUGGGCAUCACGCAGGCCAUCGGCUUAACAGGAAUGCUCCAAUGGGGCAUAAGACAGUCCACCGAACUGGAAAAUCAGAUGACUUCGGUCGAGCGCGUGAUCGAAUACAAUUCGAUUGAGAGUGAGGGCGAUUUGGAGUCCAGUCCGGAGAAGAAACCGCCAAAGACCUGGCCGAGUGAGGGAAAAAUCGAGUUCAAACACGUCAGCUUAAGGUACUUCGCCAGCGAUCCGCCGGUGCUGGAAGAUUUGUGCUUCGCGAUCGAAAGCAAGGAGAAGAUCGGCAUUGUGGGACGCACAGGAGCUGGGAAAUCCUCGCUAAUUAACGCGUUAUUCCAACUGUCUGAUACAACUGGCUCGAUUUUGAUUGACGAUGUUGAUAUCACUCAAAUCGGAUUGCACGAUCUGCGGCCGCAAAUCUCCAUUAUCCCGCAAGAGCCUGUGCUGUUUUCCGGGACGAUGCGGAAAAACCUGGACCCUUUCGACGAUUUCAGCGACAUCGAGCUGUGGAGCGUGCUAGAUGAGGUGGAACUUAAAGAAGUCGUCGAAGAGUUACCAGCUGGUUUGAGCUCGCAAAUGUCCGAAGGUGGGGCCAACUUCAGCGUCGGCCAGCGACAACUGGUUUGUCUGGCGAGGGCGAUUUUACGCAACAACAAAGUCCUGGUUAUGGAUGAGGCUACUGCUAACGUUGAUCCACAGACUGAUGCUCUGAUUCAGCAAACCAUUCGCCGGAAGUUCAAAGACUGCACAGUCCUCACCAUUGCCCAUAGGCUGAACACUGUGAUGGAUUCGGAUAAAAUCCUCGUCAUGGAUGCGGGUACUGUGAAGGAGUUCGACCGUCCGUUCGUGCUUCUUCAGGAUAAAACCGGCGUUCUUUACGGAAUGGUGCAGCAAACUGGAUUGGCGAUGUCUGAGGAAUUGUUUAACGUGGCCAAACGCCACAUUUAGAUGUCUCAGGUGCCCAUCUACCAGACCUGAUCUACCAAACAAUCGAUCAAUUCGAUGGAGUUUUGAUUGCUGAAGUCUGGCUAAGAAAAACAGGGUUUUAUCAUUAAAAGUUCGUCAGGUUGUAUAAAGUUUUUAAGCAUCAAACGUUACUUAAUAAAUGUUAUUUUUGUA